CUUUUCGUUGACGUUAACUUGACGUUGGUAGGUCAGAGUGAUUUAGAGCUCAGAGUACAACACGCUCCCACUUGUAAGAAGUUGGUAGAGACUUUUAACUGUGUUGAAUGUUUGUUUUUCCUCCCAUUUCCAAGUAGCGUCCCUUUCUCUUUUUCUUACUGUUAGACUUUUUUUUUAAAUUUCUUGUCAAACGUAUAAAGUUACCUCAUUAGGCAGCAGUUGGCUGGUUGACCGGGGUCCGCUGCUGUCAAACUUUGGGUUGACAUGGAUUUGUUGCACCGACGACGGAUGGACUAAAAACAAAAGUGUUGUGAAUUUCCAUCAUUCAAAAACAGACUUUGCAACUACUUUUCUGGAACAAGUUGUUUGUAAGUUAUUCGCCUAAAGACAUGCAAAAGUUCAACUCCACCGGUACCAACAGCAGCACGCUGCCCCGGGACGCGGAGCUCCAGUUGCGGUUAGCUGACAGCGGAGGGGCCGGGGAAGGGAAGGAGAACGGUGCUGGGAAACAUUUCCUCGCCCAACCUGAGGAAGGAAAAUCGCUAUGUACGAAGAGGAAGAUGCUCGUUUGUUUGGAUUUAAUAUGUCUUUGUGUUGGUAAGUUGAGUUUAUUCACUUUAAAACUAGUAUAACAGUUGUUUUUUUCUCGUUCGACCCUCAUUAACUACCUUACUAAUCUGACUUUACCCUUCUACCUUUAAAAUACUUCUACUUUUAUCUCCAAGAACUAACUCAAGAGUCCUCUGGUUGCAUAUGUCAACAGCUUAGUACAUCAUGUUGACUUUUAAGAGGUCAGAAGGAGUUUAGACGAGGCUUGUUUCGGUGAGGGGAAAACACUGGAUGGGGAUUUGUAAAAGUUAACGAAGCUGCUAAGUAUUUUUCCACAAGCUCGAUGGAAAGUGUUGAAAAAGGCAGAAAAACGUUCAGCUCGUUCCCCUCGGCGCACGUGGGGGAAGAAGGGAGCGAGAGAGAGGAGAGAAGAGGGGAGGUGGGGAGGGGGCUCAGCUGGCAGGAGCGGAGUUGUCCCGGGAAUUCAACCGUUCCCAUGGAAACCCCGAAAGUUCCCGGGAGAAGAACGUGGGAAUUGGGAUAAAAAACAUGCCCCGUGCUCUUGUGUUGUUGUCAAGCUGAAAAUGACCGCUUCUCUCACUCGAGCGCUUUAGCAUCUCACUGCAGGAUUAUAGAAAUUCACCCACAAAUAAUUAACAGUCAAAUGCUGUUCUGGCUUAAGGUUUAAUAAAAUCAAGAUGUUUUCAUACUGAGAAACAACAGAAACAUGAGGACACCACCACAGGGGCCACUGACAGAUACACAAUGAAGAAGUGAGAGUCUCUAUAAGUAAAUCUGAAGUACUAGACUCAUCUUAACAGAUGCUUUACAUGUUUCUCAUCAGUUUGAGCUGCUGUCAUGACAAUGCUGAUGGAAAGAAAGAUGUUGAAAAUGGCCAAAUUAAUCAUGGACAGUCAAAGUUCAUUGGGGGCCUGUGUUUCAAAAAAGGUUUUGUUUUCAUAUAGAGCAAAACUACUGCCUUAAAUCUGGUUAACACUGUGAGGGAAGAUGUAGUUUAACUUCCUUUGACUGAACUUCAAAGUUUAAACUAUUAAUUAUUUGAUAGUGGGCUUUUCAUCUAGAAAAAUAUACUUUUCAUGCUUUUUCUGAGACGAAAUAUGUCUCAAUUGAGCGCUUUAGCAUCUCUUUUCAGAGUUAAAGAAAUUCAUUCACAAAUAAUUAACAGUAAAAUGAUGUUCUGGCUUAUGGUUUAAUGAAAUCAAGAUGUUUUCAUGCUGAGAAACAACAGAAACAUGCAGACACCACCACCGGGGCCACUGACAGAUCCACAAUGAAGAAGUGAGAGUCUCUAUGAGUAAAUCUGAAGACUCUACAUAAAAGUUGCUUUACAUGUUUCUCAUCAGUUUAAGCUGCUGUCAUGACAGUGCUGAUGGAUAGAAAGAUAGAAAGCUGUUGAAAACGUCCAAAUUAAUCAUAAUUAGUCACAUGGACACCGAAAGUUCAUUGGGGGCAUGUGUUAUAAAACAGGUUUUGUUUUCAUAUAGAUCACAACAACUGUCUUAAUUCUGGUUUUGCAGUAAAUGUUAAACUUCCUUUGACUGAACUUUAAAGUUGAAACCAGUAAGUCUUUAAUAGUGCACUUUUCAUCUAGAAAAAUAUACUUUUCAUGCUUUUUCUGAGACAAAGUGUGUAAAUAUAUGAGUGACAAAGGUGCCCAAGCUCAGGGGAAAAUGUUAAUAUGAUAUGGUUUAAUGAUAGGACAGAUUUUCUUUUCCUUUUUUGUGUUUACUAGAGCUGAUGCAAGUGUUUACAAAGUUCAAACCGUAGCAGAACAUAAUAUUAUUUCUGGAGUGAUUCAGUUUUUAUGUUUCUGUGUGACUUAAAUCUACCAAAAUCCAGUUACUGGAGCUGUCAGAGGAAUACAGACCAGAAAAAGUCUCAGUUGUUGUUGGUAACAUUUCUGACAGAAAACUACAGGACUCGAGUAAAACUCUUAAACUCUUUUAAAGUUCUGAGGGCAAUGAUACUGAAAUCUUGUUAAAAAUCUGCUGGUGGCGCUUUUUGGUACCUGCUCUACUGGAUGUUGUAUUUUAUGAAACUAAUGUAAAUGAGUUUUAUGUUGUCAUCUCGCAUGACUACAAAAGGGAAGGGAGCAUAAGCAUCGUGUGAGAGAGCGGUUAUUUGGACCGGCAGCAAACACGAGAGGUGGAACCCGUCUAGGCAGACGGACAGGUCUCAGCCUCAUUGGCAGUUAGAGCAGAAGAAAUAGCCUGGCAGUGAAAAACAACUGUGCGAGGCAGUUAGUUUCAUUGUAGUGCUAUUCUUGACCCCUGCAGGUAUGCUAUUAGCCGUACACUCAGCAGCUUUGUUUUGUGUUUAGGAAGUGACUGGUGACAAAGCAUCAGUCAGCACGACAGAGGAAAUAAGUCUCUCUCAGUUCUCCUCCCUGGUCACACAAGGAGCACGCCACCAAAAAUCUCAGAGCCUGACAACUUUCAUCUCAGUUUUACUUGAUUACAACACUGAGACUGAGUCAGCGAGCCUCAAGCUGGACUCAGCUGAGAGGAGAAAGAAUAGGAAUAAGUUGUGACUUAAUCUACCUUUGAGUGAAGAGGAUUCAGUGUCUUACUCUUGUUGUGGAGAUUUUACAGGUUGAUUUGAUUUGAUCCAACCUAACGUGUCACUUUAGCAACCUGAAAAAAAUUUUGAUUUAACAAUUUGGGGACCUCAUGUGGAAAAAAAAAAGAGAGCCCCGGUGACCCUAAAAUAAUCUGCUUGCUAGAAUGCAAAAAGAUCAUUUUUAACAGCAGUUUGCAGGAUUGAUAACUGUUGUGCUACAGGGUGGUGCUGUAUGAUUAUAGAUCUAAUAAAGCUUUUUAAUGGGCACAGUUUCUCUGAAAUGGAGUUUCUGAUGAUUAAGCCACAGUUAUUUGAGAGCCCUGGUAAUAUUAAGUCUUUGUUGAAUUAAUCCACCAGCAAAAGAACAAUCUGUUGCAAGUCCAAUGUGAAAGUUAUGUUCCAAGAAAGUCCCAUUACAUAAACAUCCACUCUGACCUCUGUGGACUUAAAACCGCCUUGUCUUGCAGUGUAAAUAAUAGGUUCAUUACUUACCUUUCUAUGAGGAGAAGACAAAUUUUGAGCUGGUUUCCAAGCUGGGUGUGUGCGGACUUCGUCUCUUUCCUCAAUGCGCAAUGCAAAAGGUUACAAACCCCGAGUAAGGAGCCAAUGGCGCCUGUGCAGCUGAAACAGCUGACCAUUCAGUCCGCUUUCUCCAGCCUUACGACAAAACGUUAAAGAGACACAAAAACCUCACAGAUGCAGUAGCUUAUUGUAUUGUUAAAGACAUGCUACCAAUAAACACUGUUAAAUUCAAUUUUUUAUAUCGUGAUAUAUUUCGAUAUCAACUAAUAUGAAAAAAAAUGUAACGUGAUAAACUUUUUACCAUAUUGCCCAGCCCUACUUCAGGGAUCAAUAAAGUUAUCAUUUUCUUAUCUUAUGGCGACAGUUAAUACAACUUGAUUUUCAAUAGCAGUUUAAAAUUUUGUGAUAUUAAACAAUGUAGUACAAUUCAGUUUUUGUUGUACCAUUUUUGGCCCAGGCAGAUCCAUUAGAUUGCUAACAGAUAACUAACCGUCUGGCUGCUUUGUGCCUGUCUCUGCCCUGCUAACCGUCAUGUCAGCUAUCAGCAGAGGCCUGAUUUUGACUCAUCUGCAGGCAUUCAGUAGUGAAUGCAUCACUUAUUACAAAUGAAUAAGACCGUUCAUUUAACUUAACUCUCUUAUCUCUGACCGAGCUAAUUUUCCCCUGAAAAAUGCCAUCAUCAGACUCCCCCAGACAGUUGACCUGGUGGCAUUAUUCCCCCUGUAAAGGGUUCAUUCACUGAUGUAAGCAUGGAAUUUACCCUCAAGCAUCCUGGCGUCAUCCUGCUAUCAUCUGAAGAGGGAUUCACCCUGAUCUGAGGAUAUCACUGUCUGUCAGUUCGCGGUAAAAGUGAGUCGACAACCACAGGAAAAGUGUGAAUUUAUGAAUGGACUUUAAUCUGUUUGGAAUGCUGGGAUACAUUAACCGAGGGUUUGACUCAUGAUACCCGAUCCGACUCUUACUCAACAUGAGGCCUGAAAGCUGUACACCAGUCAUAAGUCAGGGUUGUUUAUGUUGGUGUUCUGACGUGCGUUUAAGGGAUUCUUCACAUUGAUGAAUUGUUCCGGUUUUGCUCAGUGUCAGUAGUUUGCAUGGUAACUGCAGAGUGCAAGUGUCUGCUUCUUAGUGGAACUGUAGGGGUCUGACCAGGAGAGACCUGACAGAAUCCGCGCCCUGUGGCUGCAUCCAACAUCAAACGUCCAGCCACCCAGAGGUCAGGAGGUGUCGGCUGUUUGUCAUAUCUGCUGAGCGUGCAGGGGCAGGUCUCCCUCCCUCCCCUGCACUGCUGGUUCCCUUCAGCACAGGUGGUCCUCACUCUGUCAUCACCCCAAUAAAGUCAGUUAUUGACUCUCUUAAGAGUCAUUGGGAAAUAAUUGGAAUUGGCACUUGAAAACCUGCCAUUAGCUUCUACAGCUCAGAGGAACUUUAUGAUUGCCUGGGCUUGACCUUUUUUACGAAGGGUUAAUUGGAAGAUAGUUGCACACGUUCACAAAAAUUUAAAGGUUGGGUUGAAAUGAUGAUAAAAAGAUGACGUGAUCCCCUGCUCUGAUAUUUUGCAAAUGGUUUUAUUUGCUUGUUAAAACAGAGAGUAGCCACAAUCAGUCGAUCACUGUUCUGUGUGAGUGUGUUUUUGUCCCAGACGUGAAGCAGCAUGCCAGAACCGGAGGACUUGUAUCUUCCUCAGUGAUCUGAAUUCUAAAGAGCUCCCUCUUUUCAGCUAAUCUCUGCUUUUGUCCCCUUUCACCCCCUUUUUUCCCUCUUUUUCUCCAGGCAAACUCUAUUUUGGGACUGAAGGUGUUCCAGCAAUGUAAAUAGGUGUGUGAGCGUGAGUGUGUUUUAUGUCUGCAUGCGUGUUUAGGGCGGAUGGCGGGUUUAUGUUAGAGGAUUCCUGGUUCUUUUCUUUUCUGGCAGAGAAAGCUGCCAAGUGAGUGAGACAGCGAGAGGCCAACACGUCACAGCAUGUCAGCGUGUACAGGGCCAGGAUUAUUAAAUUGUCUCCUGUGUGCGUGUGUACUCGUGUGUGUGUGUUUAUGAGUAAAAGUGUGGGUGUGGGUGUUUUUUAAGUAUGCGUCAUCCUCUCUGCUAAUGUGGACACCCUACUACAGCUGCCAUGUGCGUACUGUUUGUUGACAAUUUUGCCGGGCCUGUUUUGCCGCACGCUUAAGGCUCUGAUCAAACACACUCUGAAGUUAUGGAACACGGUGGCGUCACUCUGACAGAUGGAGAGCCAUUAAAAACGCCUCAGACAAAUCAUUAGCUAGUGGAAGAAGUGAUUUUGCGUCCUCUCCCUCGUCAGAGUAUUAAUGCAUCUUCUUUCUAUUUGACAUUACUGCAGAGGUUCAGGAAUCCAUUAGCUUCAUCCUUCCUUAGGGAGGCCACAUGGGCACAUGUACUUUACUGUCGAUACGUCUUCCAUUAGCACAGCAGAGCCAGCUCAGGCCCAAGAAAUGUCUCAGUCGCCUGGAGGCUUAGGGGCAAGUGAGAGCCUGAAUGAGUGAACAGCCUCAAGGAGGGCGAGCGGAGUGAGGUGUGGAAAGAGAGAAGGGGUUGAGGAUUUACAGUAGGGGUCAGAAGUCAGACCCAGGGGCGCCUGAGGGAUCUUAUUCACAGCUGUCUGGUCUUGUCCUCAAGAGGAAGUCACUCUGAGAAGGAUAGGAAGGGUUCAGACGGCAAAUAGCUUCAAAUGUACUUUUAAUGAGGCAGCUGCAAUCUUCUCCUCCAUGACGGUUCCAUAAGUGCCCAAGGUGGUCCAUAGUAUUAGCCAUAAUGAUUGAAUAAAGAUGUGUGUGGUGCUCGAAUCCACAGAGCUCAUUAGGUAGAAUGGGUUUGGCAAGACUUCCCGUCAAAGUAGCUACCUGAAUCCCAAUACAGCCUGUAGCCUCUGCUUUGCGUCUGUCGGAACUAAUGGCUCGUCCUCUUCUCCCUGUCCCCCUAUAAGGAGACCUAGCGGGCCCCCUUGGCGCCGCAGCAUGCUCACCCAUCACAGAGUCUGUUUUAUCAUUGUGUCACAUUUCACCUGCUGAAGCCUUUCCUCCCUUCAUCCUCUGAAGUCGUUCCACCAAAAUACUCAGACAAAACAUCCCUGCAGCCUUCAACUCUUUCCAUACAUACACCACCAACACAAGCAGGCUACCCUGUGCCAAAUACCUCCCCUGCUGUCUCACCACAAACCCUCUGUUCUUCUCACAUUGUACUUACUGCCAGCCCUCACCUCACCUCACAGCACACACCCUCACCUUCACACCGCAGAACCCACCAGAGAGCUGCUUUAAAGUUUCCAAGGUGCAUACCAGAGUGGCGGGUCCUUUAUGUUCCUGCUGAAUCAGACAGGCAGACAGACAGCCCACUUAAGACCUCACCGCUCAUGCCCUGAACUCCAGAGCUGGGCUCCAGGAAGCAGGUCAGUGAAGUGUGGAGAGAACAGAAGCAGCUGUGGGAAGCAUGUCUCCACUGGCCGGCAGGAACAGUAACAGAAACAGUGUAGGGGGGCACCCACCCUCCCAGGGACAGGUAUGAAAACAUAAAUUAAAAAAAACAUCUUUUAAUAUAUAUAUAAGCACUUUAGGCUGGCAUAGGAUUUUCACUGUUUGAUAGUUUCCUUCCGGCCUGUUUUUGGUCAUAGUCUGUAGUGUAGCCACCCUUUACCAGUCAAAGCUACUGCCUUAACUCUGUAACUCUCUACUCAGGUGUUAACAGCAGAGAUGACAGAUAGCGUCUUGUUGUGAAAUACAUUUUGGCAGUAGUUUGAACUCGAAAACAGGGGUGGUUUUUCAUAGGCUGUGUUUGGUUGAGGUAUUACCACUUGACUGAAGCAAUGCACCACCAGGGAAGGAAUUGGGAAAUUGACAUGCACCAAGUACUGAAGGUUGGUGGUGCUAGCUCUCCAGAGGUGUGAAUCUGCAGACUCUGUGCUUAGCCAUGCCAACUAGGGCAAAGAAAUCCUUGGUCAACUAAAACCCUGAAAUUUUUGACCAAAAGAUCAGAGUAGGAGUCCAAAUCUGACGACUCACCCUUCUGCGGGGUGAAAAUAUACUGACAUCAGCACAAGAAGGCAAUCAAACACGAUGAAAGUUAAAACGCUCAAAACGAAAAUAAAUAUUCAGCCAACCACCGGACGCUGAUUAACGUUGACGCUCUUCAAUCUUUCUGUCUCCAGACGGUCUCCAAUGGAUUGGGUGAAUCCAAAGUGGUGAAAACAAGGGGGGUGUUCUGAGACAGGCUGUUACCUGUGAAAUGGGUGUGGUGUGAAAACACCCCCAUUAGCACUUGGUAUGUUCUUCCUGUUGAAAUUAACCAUAGACUGUAAAUUGACGUGGAAAAAGAUUUAGUCGACCAAUCGGAAUCUUGGUCGACUCAGCACAUAUCAACCAGUAAGUCGACCAGUCGACUAGGACUAUACAGCCCUAAUGCGACCUAAAUCAUUUCCCAAUUUUAACUCUUUUUGGAGUGUUUUCCUACCUCGGAAUUUAAGUUUCGACUAGGUAAUAAUGUCCUCACAACAUCCCUUCAUGCAGCCUAUGUCUUUACAAACACAUGAACUGGAAAACUUGAAUUUGAUCUCAACAUAGUGCCUCUACUUGACACAGACACAAGACACAGUCUGCAGUCCAGCGGCGGCAGCUGCAGAUGCUGAUGAUAGCAGAUGAUUAAAAGAGAUCCAGGUCUGUUGUGGCUCCUGAGUCCUUCUUUGUUCUCCUCUGAUUAGUCUCUUUGUGCUGCCGUCUGGGCAGACCAAACAGAUCAGUCCCUUGAAGCAAUCCAGCCAAUUAUGACAUAAAAAAUGAGCCUCUUAGCACAGGGGGCAACCACUCACCCUUAUCCUCCUUAUCCACCGCUUAACUACCUGGAUUGGGCCACCAAGGAUGAACCACCUAUGAGGAUAUAUACACACACACAGUACUUUAAUUGGGUUUAUGUCAGUUUACGGUUGCCAAUCCUAAUCACAGCCUUGGUGGGAAUGACUUCACCUCCUGUUUAAGUGUAACCUGCCCCGCAGUCCUAUGUUGAGUGAGUGUGCGAAUUCGUUCUUUUGUAUGUUUGAGCCUGUUUGACGGUGCAUACAGUCUGCCUCCUCAAACAAAGACUUUUUUCAAUAUCAGGUGGAACAUAAAAGACUCAGCUCUGCCCUUGAAGUACCUGACUCAAACUAAAUAGUUAUUAUGAGCGAGAGAACAGAUCAAGGCUUGCUGAUAGAGACAGCUCUGUGCAGCGAAAGUCAUUAUUGCAUGAAUAAUUGAACAUGCCAAUCCAGCCCGACUGCAGACUGCUGUUCAUGAGCAUGUAAGGCACACAGCGUCUUGAAGUGUUGUAACCGAGGGAUUAUCAUGCUUGCAAAGAUUCAAAUUACGACACUUUGCAGUUCAGUUCACCAGCUUAUUUUUUUUUUUUUGCAAGGUUGACUCAAAGGUAAACAAGCAGCUUAAAAUUUAGUUGGGAAACUUUGGCACAUGCGAGCUUGCGAAGGGGCCCAGUGAGGGUGGAUGGACCACCCCUGAAGGGUGCUGUAACUAGCUGGGUUGCAGCCCAGACACUACCCAGUCCGGAGCUGCAGGCCAGAUGGACCCGUGUUGACAGGUCACUUAUUAUCUAGCCUAUCAAAGAGCAAAUGUAGAGCGAGGUCUGCACGGUCAAAUAGCAUUGGGUGUGAUGGAGCAGAUGCCCAUUAUUGUGGUUUAGAUAUAGCUCUAGGCUGACUGUCGUGCUAAUCUAUGAGGAUGCACAGGCUGCUGUCAGCAGGCGCAUCCGCAUGAGUUCAGUUCAGUGGGGUCUGUGUUAGUGAACUCGCCUCUCGCCUGCACGUCUUUCAGCUUGUUGGGCUUUAGUGUGGUUUAUUUGGUCGCUUGGUUUGUCUUUGAGGUGCUGGUGGGUUUCGGGUGGGAUUGUUUGGUUGUCUGUUAGUCUGUGUGGCUGUGGGUUUGGUUUGUUUGCAUCCCAGUGUGGUUAUUCUGUUUAGUGCGAGUCUGGAUGUGAGUUGGGGGGGGUAUUCUGCUGGUUGAGGUGGGGUCGUGUUUACAGAGCGAGUCCCAGCAGAGCCCAGAUCUCUGACCCCCACAUUCCAGAACCACCACUAAUCGCCUCCGUCUGCUGUUCUCUGUAGACAAACCCAUGCUGCAUCUCUGUUGGCUUCAUCACUCCAGUUUUCUCUCACCCAAGUAUUCCUGCCCUCAUCCCCAUUUGUCAAUUUAGAAGCCUUGAGGCCACGCAUUUUAGCCUAGUUCGUAGUCUGACACCGUAUUGAUUAGUAGAUGUUUAGCAACAUGACCAUGAAGCAGGCCAAUGAAUAACCACCAUCUGCUCUCCUUUAGUUCUCUGCCUUUUUCUUUUCCUAAGAAGUUUUUUUUUUCUUCACUUUCUCUCUCGGUUGUUGUUGUUCUCCUCUCACAGUGAGCUCAUUCUGGGCUGUGGUCAUAGAUGUGUAAAUUAGAACCAGAAGACUUUCUCAGAGUGAGGCUCAUAUCCCCUCUGCUCUCAUUCCUCCUCUUCUCCUUCUCUUCUCCCCCUCCUCCCUUCUUUCUUUCUAUCCCUUUUGACUAUUUGAAAGCAUUCCUGCUUUGAGUGUCAGGCCCAGCGAGCAGCACAUUUUGGCCCGGCUGUGUUAGCCAGCCCACUCCUCUUCCUCCUCCUCCUCCUCCUCCUCCUUCUGGGUCCCCUCACAGGCUUUCCUGGCCAAGCUCUCUCUUUGAGCAUGUCUUGGCCAGGUGCAGAGGUUUGCUCACAGCUGCCUGACAGAUGAUGCGAAGGUCUCUGGAGGGUUUUUGUGUCUUGUUGUGAAAACCGUUUUAAUGUAGUUGUAAAGCACGGAGGUUGACUGUGAAACAGGAGCUUGUAAUUUGUAUAGGAUGUGCAGAUACUGGGGAACUUUCCACAUGGUUUCCAGGACAUUUGCUUCAUUUUUUUUUACUGAGAAUUUGUGACACAACUCCAGCUGGGGGAAUUUUGGUGGAUUUGAUUUUUUUAGAACCUUUGCAAACAGCUUUGCCUCAAUGGUGUGAACUUUGGUUCUUCGUCUUUGAAGCCAAAUCUAUUCAAGGGCGUCAUGCAAUAGUUGGAAAGCGAUUGCAAGCCAUCAGCGUCUGCAGUCUUAAAAUGUGACGCCCUCUGGCUCAGCAGCUCGCCUUUGAUUAGAACUCUCUGAGAAGACCAUGUACCUACCAAAGAGUGUUCAGUUUUCUAUGUAUCAUCUAUCUAUUACCUCUUUGUCAGUGCAGAGUGAUAUUAAUCAUUGACAGAGGAAUUGGAAAAGAGAAAGCAAAACAAAAAAAAAGGUCUGUUGUUUCAUCAAAAUUUCAGCUGGAACAGUUCUUCUCUGUGCUCCAUGAUGCGUUCAAGUGCACAAGAAAAAGUCCAAAAUUACAAUCACUCAAACUCGUUUCAGUCAUGACACCAGUACAUCUGAGUCAAGCUUAUAUUCUAAGUUUAUUUUCUGUGUUUAGCACUUCUAAUUAGAGGUGUCCCAAAUCACUAUUUAUAUCGGAUAUCAGUCCGAUAUCAACAAAAACUUGAGUAUAUUGACCUGCAUCUAAAAUCUCCAAUAUCAGCACUCCGAUACAAGCAGUCCAUUCCAGACUCCAGCACCUCUAUCUAGCAGCACCCAUAGCCAGCAUGUAGAGCCCACGUGAUCGCAACAACAGUGUGUACAAAGCAUAGACUGUAUAAAGAAUGGACGCCGUCUGCCUCCUCACUGGGUGAAGCCACCCAGAGAACAGCACCCUCUGGUGACGGGCUGCAGUAUCGGUCAUAAAUCCCACCUCCGCUUGCCAUACUUAAGGGGCUGUGGACAAACUUUAGAAAUUUAUUACACAGAACAUAAUUUUUCUCCCCCCUGCUUGUGAUGUUGACAUGUAGUUACUGUAAGACUGGUUUGUGCUCAGGUCCUUUUUUUUUCUGUGCAGGUCCGUUUUUAAAACUUAUUAGGGGGUUCAUGUUUUCUAUGAUUGACACUUGAUAAAGCCUAUGGGCGUACGACGAUUGCAUAGUUUACCUGAGGGGAUACGCUGUUUGAGCUGAGCGUCAUCACAGCGACUCUCCUGCUGUAUGUGUACAACGCUGCUGCGAAAUGUUGGUUUCAGGAAGUGGUGAAAAAUGCAGAAUCACAGAUAGCUUUUCGGCUUCAAAUCCGUCUACAGAAGGCGGAACCUAGCUGUCCAUAGUAUAUACAGUCUAUGGUAUUAAUGUACUAACAAAGUUCCAAAGAGUAGGAGUGAUGUCGGCCCUGUCUCAGUAUUUUUCAUAAAAGUCUGAAAAAGACGUUGCAGCUGAGUGCAAAACUUGUCAUGCACAAGUAUGUGCUUAUAUUGGAUCAAUAUCGGUAUCGACCAGUAUCUAAGGCUGCAAUAUUGGUAUUGUGUUGGAGGAAAAAAAGUUGUAUAGGGACACCCUACUUUUAAUGAAGUUGUUUAACCUCUUGUAUGAGGUGAACUCAUAGUAUUCAAACCUUCACUCACUAGUAAAUCUUAAAAUUUAAUUAAUGCAACAAUGAGUAUUACUUAAGAUGCUGAAAUUGAAGUAAUCCAUCGACUACAAUGCAAACUGAUCUAGUCAUUUUGCUCCAUCACACUCACUCACACACACUAAUCUGCUACAUCAUCAUCCCCCUCCUUCUUAUGUACAUACUCUGUAUAAACACAUGCACGUACACCAGCAUGCUCAUGCAAAUACAUGCAAACUAACAUUCUUGUCACGCCAGCAUGUUUUGACUGUUGACUGUUUGUUGGGUUUUUUUUAGUGAGGACGUAUUGAAACCUGUCUGAAGUUCUUUUUUACUAAAUGGAAAAUCUACAGAGUCACUUAGUCUGAGCCAGACAUGAACCAGACCACGAAUCUAUUACACAUACACACAGAUAAGAGGAUUAGGAUUGGGUGGUUCAGGGAGUGCGUUUUAUACAGGUAUCUGAUAGGAACCAGGAAACCAUCAUACAGGUUUUCUAUUUUUACAUUAAAGUAAGAGGUUUCUUGUACUACUUGUUUUACUGUUCUUUAAGGUGUCCUAUGUAAUAGACCUGAUAUUAAUAACUAUCAAUAUCAACUAUUUAAUGCAGGAUUUUUGGCAUAAGUGCUGUUUUAAUUGUUUGUGUUGUAUGAUGGAGCUUCUAUUCUCAAGGUAAUCAUUAAAUUGGUUGAAAACUGUUUGUCUUUUUUAAUAAAAGUAGGAACUUUGCUCACUUAACACCAGAGUUUAAAAUGUUUAACAGAUUCCCAGCAUGGUUUCUUGGUCUACUAAGACAGAUAAGACCUGUUUGUGAGCUUCAUAUGGAAGUUAUAUCGGGGAUAUCAGAAUGUGCCAGAGCUGCACGUAUGUAGGUGUCUGUGUCUGUGUGUGUCAGAUGCCUGUAAAUGGGAGAUCCAGGUCAGAUAAAGGGUGUUUCCUAUCUCUGACUCUCCCUCUCUUUGUUGGCGUCACAGCCUCUGCUAUCUGCUGGCAACAUGUUUCCCUCUCUCCCUCCCCUCACUUUCCGACCAAGGCCCCUCUUAAAAUAUAUGAUGGAGGGCUGUUUUUUCAAUCUAUGUUGUGUCUUUGUUAGGGCAGCAUGACUUUGACUUUACAGGUUGUUAACACAAACUUCUCUCUGUAAAAGUCUCGGUCGAGUAGAGCUAUCUCCUUCAGCUGCUGUCACAUGAUUGCAUGAAGAGCUGUCUCUUUAUGUGUUUUCGUGCUGAUAGCCUCAAGCCUAUAGAUUGUUUCCUAUGUUAUCAUUGUUUAUCAGUUCAGAGAGGCUUAGGUUUAUUGGUGGACUGUAUGGUUGUCGCAGCACACAGGAAAUAUGUUUAAAACAGCAACAAAGUCGAUAUGGAGGAGUCUAAAGUACUCGUGGUUGUUUACACCCGGUCAGGUAAAAGUGCGCUGCACUUUAUCAGUCAAUAAUUGCUCAUUUAUUUAUACUCACUGAGACAUGCUUGUGAUCUUCCUCUGCGCCAGAUUUCGAGUUGAGUGGCCUGUGCAUACUCAGUCACGUAGUCUGAGAGAUUCCCUGGCAGGAGCAGUGUUUUGGACUGGGUGCGUUCCAGCCAACCAGCAGACCCUGGGAUGACAGGAAGAGGCACAGAGGUUAAUGAUUAGUCCCAUGUCCUCGCUGCAUUCCAUGGGGUGACGAGGGGACAUGGGAUAAUGGACAAAGAAUUGGAGCAGGCUGGGCCGGCUUACAAGGGGACUAUUGGCUAUUAGUUUUUAAGUCGUAUACAAAUUAAAAGCCUUGAGGUCCAGCUUGUGUUCUGGGGAUAGAGAGACAUGAUUUUCUUCACUGUUGUUCAACUUUAACCUAAAGAAGAAUUCUUAACUAUGUGGCCGGGCUGGGUGCUUUAUUUGCUUAAGUGUGCUAGACCUUGACAUCCUUUUACCUGAUACAGAGGUUGUGUAAUUAGUGACUAUUCAGGAAACACUGGUAACUCAUAUGCGGAACAUUAGUUAAUCUAAGUUAAGAUGCAAUGAUGUCAAAGUAGAUGCUUUUCUCAGCAGGUUAAAAAUGUAUCAGUGUUGUGUUUCCUUGCUCUCUCUACACAUUAGAGGUGUCCUGAUACAACUUUUUUACUUCUGAUACGACACCGAUAUUGUAUCCUUCAGUAUUAGCCAAUACCGAUAUUGAUCCGAUAUUGGCACGAGCUUGUGCAUGACAAGUUUUGCACUCAGCUGCAACGUCUUUUUCGGGCUCUAACGAAAAAUACUGCCACACAGCCGACACCACUCCUACUCCCUGUUACUUUGUUAGUACAUUAGUACACACUGUUAGUACACACUGUUAGUACACACGUGGGCGCUGCUAGCUAGAGGUGCCAGAGUAGAAUCUGGAACGGACCGCUUGUAUCAGAGUGCUGAUAUCUGAGAUUUCAGAUGCAGGCUGAUAUAAUCCGAUAUUUGUUUUUUGGCUGAUAUUGUACCGAUAUCCAAUAUCAAUAUCGGGACAGCCUUACUACACAUCCUUGAAAAUCUUCUUCCUCCUGUCUCAUCCUGAUUCUUCACCGUCACUCCCAUCUGUUUGUUUUGUCUCUAUGUCUGUCUCCUUCUCCCUGAUCCUCCUUUGGGAGCAGCUAUGUGUGGAAUUCUUGAUCCCCCAGGAAUCUGGUAAUCAUGUCCCCCGGAUGACUGACACCUUUAAGAGCUGCUCCCUGCGAGACAGGAGUAUCUCUGUGUCUCACUCUGUCAGCCUCCUUCUCUUCCUGUUAUCUGUGUUGUACAGAUCAUACACUCGCAGACACUCAUCAGGCCAUCUUUUGUUUUUCACCCGCAUCCCCUCCCCUUCUCUCCCACAUCUCAUCAGCCUCCAUCCCGUUCUUUGCGUGUGAGCUGAAAGCGGUGGCUCCGUACAGGCGAGGCUUCUUCUGCGGAGACUCAAGCAUCACUUAUCCCUACGUGGAGAGAGAGGCCAUCCCUGACAGCCUGCUCAUCGCUGGUGGUAUGAUCAUCACAGGCCUAACGGUAAGACUUUGUCAUGAAGAGUUCAUGUGUUCGAGCAUGUGUAUGUUUUAGAAAACAAACACUCUUUUAUGUUUGCAGUGUUUGUGCAGCUGUACAGUACGACUUAACCAGUUCCUCUUGUCCUCUCUCUCUCUCUCCUCCUCAGAUUGCUCUGGGUGAAUGUUACCGUGUGCGUUUCAGAGGCGUACACUCCAGAGCUUUCGUUCAAAACUGUUACGUGUCCUGCCUGUACAAGGAGCUGGGGAGCUUCAUGUUCGGUUGCUGUGUGGGUAUGUCUCUCACCAACAUGGCCAAGUUGAGCGUGGGACGUCUGCGGCCCAACUUUCUAUCCGUCUGUAACAUCACAUAUGCGUCCAUAAACUGCACUCCGGGCAGCUACGUGCCACAACCAGAAUGCAAUCAGACAAAUACGAAGAUGAUAGAGGAAGCAAGGUGUGUGUUAAGCAUGUGUAGGUGUGUUUUGUGUGCUUGUGCAUAACUCAAAGGUCUAAUAUGUAACCAUCGGCAUCUUUUAUCAACCCUCUCUUUCAGGAAGUCUUUCUUUUCCGGCCAUGCUUCCUUUGCAAUGUACACCAUGCUCUACCUGGCAGUAAGUCAACCCCACUGUUAAAUACACACACACCCACAUAUAUACACGCAACCAACCAACUGGAGUGUGACCUUCACUCUCAUCUGCACUUUCGUUGAGUAAUUACAGUACUCUGCGCUGUGUUUACAGUGUUCAGGGAAUAUUACAACUCUCACUUUCAUUUCUGUUGUUUGAAACAAACUUGUUCCCGAGGGGACAAGAACACUCGGAGCAACCGUUAGAUAGAUAAGCUAAUUAAAAAUGCGCAAACACACACACGCACACACUCACAGAUGUGUGUUUUUAGAUAUAUUCACACUUCCUGAUCGUGAGGGAGGAGAUCUUUAAGUGCAGCAAUUCUCCAAAGGCAUCCCGCUUCAAACUGAAAGAGAUGGUGAGACAGAGAGGGAUGGAGGAAUGAAGGGGGGAGAGAGGGAGUGAGGGAGAGGGAGUUGGAGAAUGAGUGAGAAUGUUUUCCACGGGGAACAUGAAUAGAUGAAGAGACUCCACAGACAGAGGAGGCCUUGUUGUGGGUCUCAUUUAGAGGAGGGGGGGCGGCGGAGUGCUGAAUAUGCCUGCUGAGAGAUCGACAGGCUUCUUUCAGCAAGAAAAAACCCUUCCAACACCCCCCCUCGUCCUGGCCUCCCCCCUUUUCUUCAUCCCUCUCUUUUUCUGUCACACCGCACCGCUCAGUGCUCACUGGUGCAUUGUGGGAGAGAAAAUGACAGUUAGAGGGAGACAAAAGCUCAUUAUUAACCAUUAAAUGUUCAUAAUUAUCAUGAGGUCCUCUAUUAAAACCCUCAAACGACAGUCGUGGUGACUUUAAAAUCGAAUCCGUACAGUUUGCAAAACCAACGUCCAAGAGUGAAUGUGGGUAAGGAGGAGGAAAGGGAAUUACUGACUACCUUAUUUGCACUUGUGGUCUUUGUUAUUCAAAUGAAAAAGAAAGCAGCUCUUCUCCGACCAGAAGAGACAAACAAGGAUAAGUAGUGGGAGUGCCAAUCGGGUAGAAAUGGUCUGAGAAAAACAGCGGCCUCAGUGAGUUACCCUCGUUCCUCUCCCACCUCAUUGUUUCUGAACACUCUCACACCUCAGGCACAAACACACACAAACACACACACUGGCAUGUGAGUUUGCUGCUAGCUAGUGUUUCAGCAGACCCCAGAGAUUGUAUCAAACCUGUAGCUACAUGCCACCCGGACUGCGGCCAGCUGCUAGUGUUUAAGGCAGGAACAGUGACACCUGCUCUCAGAUAGGGAGAGAGAAAGGCCGGUGAGGGUCUGCCUCACUUUCAGGAAUGUAGGCCACGUGCUCCCCCAGUGUUCCACACAUCCAGACAGACCCCCAGCCACCUCGUAAGGCUGCGUCACACUCGCCCUGUGACCCUGUUUUUACACACACACAUAUACACACACAUCCAUUCUGCAUUGUAGAGCCGGAGCAGGAGAUGAGGAUGAACAAAAGGAGGAAAUGGGGUUUAGAUAGUGUUAAUGGACUUGUGCCAAGCUUGUCUUUCCCCUCUGGGUAGCAGACCGAGUGGAUGUUUCCCUUCCAGAGCACCACCUGUGUUUAUAGAACUUGAAUCACAGGAUUUUCGUUAUCAGUUCAUGUUUGAGGGCUGUUAUUUUUACACAAAAGCUCCUGGACGCAACUAUUCAGCUACAACAUGAUGACAAGUCCAGAUUUUAUGAAUCGCAGAGAAUUACGUCCAGGCUUUUAACUUUGUGAACAAAAGUAAAGUGAUCUGUGGAAGUUUGUCGCUUGUAGCACAGCACCAGGUGGUGUCUAACUAGUGAGAGGGUCAAUAUCCAGAUAUCUGUAGUGAAGCUUAUCACAGUGAUAUCUUUUCCCUCUGCUGUUAGUGUUUGCACAGUUCUCACAGAGUUCAGGCGUAUCAUUAAUCCAACUAGAGGUGUAUCAUUAAUCCAACUUUCUUUUUAUUUGUCACGCUGUCUAAACAUCACUAAGAAGUGUUUUAUGUCUUUGUGGUUCGGCUCUAUUCUUAAGCACAAUGACUCUUGAGAUGCUGGAUUAAACUGGUUGUAAUAUUUUACCGAGCUGCCGCCAACUCUUGAAACCCGAGCGCUGCACAUAUUGCAUGUUGUUGUCAGAGUUGUUGGCGUAGCAGUCAUGAAAUAUCUACAAACCUCUGUACAGGGUUCCUAAGCAAGUAUGGAAAGUAUGGAAGUAAUUUGAUCAAUUUCCAGGUCUUAAAAAGAAUGGAAAAUGAAAAAUAAAGCAUGGAAAAAUAUUUAUGUUAAUAGACUAUAUUACCACAGUUAUAAAAUACUCUUUUCUAAAGUAGAAAAGUAGGUAUUUCCAAAAGUAAUUUUAAAAAGCAGGGUAUGGAAAAGUUUGGAAAUUCACAGUUAUAGUUACAGUUAUACAGUUAUACAAUAGUUAUAGCACAAUAUAAUACCUGACGUUAUAAGUCAUAAUAAAAUGCUUUAUAAUGUGAUGGUUAUUGCUAUAAAGCAUUAUGAUCAUUUUUGAGCGUUUAUAACUAUAGUUAUACAGUGCUCUAAUGUGAUUAGUACAUAUUAUACAUAUAUUUAUAAUGCGUAUAGAGUUAGGCUUCAAAUAAAGUGCUACCAAAAAGUGCAGAGUAAGUUUAGGUGAACGAUUUGUUCAAAAGAACCAGAUCUUUAAGUGAACAUAUUGAACGAAUCACCUGACUUCCCCAGGUGAUUCGUUUGUUUCUCACUUCAGUUGAGCCAAAGUAAGAGACAGCAUUGCCAGGCGAGCAGCCGGCGUACGAGGGACCCCAUGCGCUGACACCUGAAUCACUUGGUGAACGAAUCAGGCAUUGAGCUACACUCUACCAUGCCACCCUAACAACUCACAUACAAUAGGACACAGCAUGUAACAAGUAGUGCAUAAAACCCGCAGCAUCUUAGGGAAUGGUGCAUAUUCAGUGUGAAUUCUUCUAAACCUUCAGUGAACGAAUCACUCACUGACCCCAUCACUGAGCGGACAUGAUAAAUAGCAUACCAUAGUACAGUACACUUAAAACAUCAUGACUUAUAAACAAGUUCAUUUUUACAAACCUGUUGCCAAAGCAACACAGCCGAACUCUCAAAGAAAGCUCUGAAUUGAAGUGAAUCCUAAAAAGGUUCAGCUGUGUAUCAGUUCAAGAGGUCGGAGUUUGCAGGCUUCUACCGCCAAGCACUAACUGAUUUGGUGAUUUGGUGAACGAAUCUUUUGAACGAAUCUUUUCAAUGAACUGAUUCUAGUAAUUCAGUACAUCUAAAAAAACUGCCGUGCUCAUCACUGAAGAAUACUGAGAGUCAGGUCGGCGCAUCUCUAAUGAUGAUACGUGUCUUCUUUUUUGCAGUUCUACUUGCAGGCGCGAUUAUCGUGGCGAGGAGCUCGGCUUUUGCGCCCGCUAUUACAGUUCCUCUUAGUGAUGAUCGCUAUCUACACCGGGCUGAGCCGCAUCUCUGACUACCGCCACCAUCCCACUGACGUCCUCACCGGCUUCAUCCAAGGAGGGCUCACUGCAUACUGGGUGGUAUGUGGAAACCGUCUGUUGUCUAAAUAAUCUUUAAAAACAGUUAUCUCUGUCUUCACAGGAUUUGUUUCUCUCUGCUCUCUGUUGACCGAGUUAGCAUAAACAAUGGGCUUUCUCCCUCAUUCUGCUCGGUCUGAUCUCUCAUAGUGUUUAUAAACAGAGGAUGAUUGACAGCAUGUGUGGUCUGCAAAUUUUCCCUGACAUGUAUGUGUCUGUGCCUGCAGGCCUUUUACAUCUCCUCCAUGUUUAAGCCCUGCACCCGUCCAGACCUGUCUCCCACUAGCAUUUCCUUGGAGAGUCCACUAUCCAGCCAGCAAACGGUUUGUUAGCAGGCACGUGCAAUCAUCCCAGGAAAUCAGAAGAUAAAAGAAGAUGGACUGCAGCGAGACGGGGAGAAUGUCAGCGAGCACACACAAGGAGAAAAACGAGAGAAAGGGAAUCAUACUAAGAGAAGGAUAUGAUUAACGAGUACAAUCUAACACAUGCUUGUCCGCACAAGCAAACACGCAGCCACACAGUAAUCUAACAUGUUCACUCACUCACAUAUGUGAAAAAAACAAGAAGCACAUUUGACUCUGAGUCAAAGCCGUCCAGUGAAAAGAACUGCAUAGAAAUACUACAGAUAUUUUUUUAUAUAAGAAUAAAAAAAAUAAAGUGUCUAUUUUUCAAGAGGAUUUUAGAAGCUGCUAAUGUUGAUAGUUUUCACUUUGAACCUGUUUUAUUCUCUUUGAUAGAGGCAUUCGGUCAGUGCAUUUAGUUAGCUUCCAAACUGAAACGCUAACUCUUUUUUUGUUUUGGGUGAGAGAGGGGAGGAGAAAACGGCGGCCAUCCUGUUAGUUUUCGACUCCCCGCUUAACUUGGAAACAUCCCCAGCAGCUGUGAACUGAGACCAUCGCACCUCAGAUGUUCGGACAGCUCUGUACAAAGCGACAGAACUGGAAGUGAUAAGGAACAAGCACUGGCUUCAACUUUUAACCAUCUUUACCUUCGGUGGCCUUUUGAGCCGCCGCUCUAAUCAGACUGCCUGAAUCACUAUAACUUCACUUUAACCUCUAUGUAAGCAAAAAACAGUAUUUGUACUGUUAUACGAUGUUAACUUUCUUUUUUUUUGUGUAACCAAGGUGGUGAUGUAGAAGACUCUGACCUUCCACAUCACUGCGUCUUCUCUGUACUAACCACUUUGACAGUGUCUCAGAGGUGGAGGUUUGACUGAAUUUUGUAACCUUUCACUUUUGCCCCCCCCGACUCUCUGAGCUGCACCUUGAUUUAUGCCACUCUAACAGGAAGGAGGCUGCCACCCCAGCGGCCCCUCCUGUGUAUCUUUAUUAAUAGCACUUGAACAUAAUGGAACCUUAUAAUUGUAAUCAAUAUUAUAUUUUAUCACACGUUUGAAUAAUCAGUGUUUAUUUUUGUUAAUGGCAGACUCAUAAACUUUUGUUUGUCUUUUUUUUUCUUGAAAAUGAUAAUUAUUCAAAUUGAAUGUAAAUAGCUAUGUCAUUUUAUAAACCACACAGAAUUUCAAAAAGUAUUAGUUCCAGUUUGGACAGUUUUUACAUGUUUAUUAAGUGUUUGUAUUUACGUUUGUAUUGAUCAGGUACGGAGAGUUACUAUUGUAUCUGUUGUAACUACUAGACUGAGCCACAGAUAUUAUCAGAAAGCUAUAUUUUUUGUGUUCCCAGUUAUUGUUAUAAUUUGUUCGUGUCGUCUGUGAAUGCCAGAAAAGGCAGAAAUAACCACUGUACUCAAAAAAACCAAACCAAUAAAAUGAAUGUUGAAUGUUUCUCCGACC